GUAGACUAAGGCAAAUAAUAAAAAAAUAUUCAACAUUUUUAAUAGCAAUUCAGUGCUAUAUAAUAUAUAAAAGAUUAUUUGUGUCACGAAUCAUACAUUUGCAGAAGUCUUGUGUUGAUAAGGAAGUUUUAAAUAUUAGUGCCAGCAAUAGCAUACUUUUGACGAUAUUAAUAAUAGCAUAUAUUUUAAAUUAAUAUAUCAAAAUGAGCAAAGACGCACCAGAAGCGAAUGCUGCAGAGAAAGCCGAUGGAUCAGAUCACAUUUUUGAAGACCGUGGGCCUAAAACUAUUAUUCGACUUGUGACGGUUGGAGCCUAUAUGUUUUCAGUAAGUUGUAUUGCUGUUUCACUCAGUGGAUAUUACAUAUUUUUGUGGCAUCCUCCAAAUUCUCGACUUAUACAUGCUCAUGCUGCUCAUUUAAGAGCAGAUUCUGAUAUGGAUUUCUUAGUUGCUGAUUCACUGCCAGAAUUUCGGGUAAAUAAGUCUCACAGAUACGGGCACGGUAAUGCAUUGGAAGAAAACGAGAUAAAUAAAAGAUAUGAAUAUAUAUCAAAUCCAAUAGGUGUUACAGAAAAUAAUAGAUUCAAUCAUUUGAAAAACGAUAGGGAUGUCAAAGUAAUGGUUCAAAGUGAUGAGGAAUUAAAUAGAAGUGAAACACAUGCAAAAAGUAAAAGAUUGCAUGAUGGGAGAAAUAACUUCGUUACAAAAGUGGGUUCUAAUAUGCGUGAUCUUGUGCAUAGAAAAGAGAACUCAGCUUCCUUUAUAAUUCAACAGUCAAGUAAGAACAUUCCAACCUCCAUGGAUAAGGAAAACGAUCCUCAACUGAAUUUUUCUAUAAAUAGAAUAUUUUCCAACGAUAGAACAACUAUUUUGAAGCCUUCUCAGAAACAGUUGAGCGAAGAGGAUUUGAAAAAUUCAAGAAGAGAAUCGGUUGAUUCGAAUUCGGAAAACAUGAGAAUACAUAAGAAAUUUUUUAAGAUUUUGUAACAAUAAACUUUUUUUUCAUAGAAAAAUAUUCGAGAGAAUAUGCAUAGUAAACUUAAGUUCUCAUAUGAGAAAGUGUGUAAUCAUUCAGGUUUUUAAGUUAAAAUAAACUCCGUGGAGCACAUUUUA